AUGUCCAAUAACGACCAGAUGGAGGAUCAGGGUCUUUCAUAUCCCAUCGAGCCUGAGGCGCCGUCCAAUCUAGACAGCGAAGAUAUGUCUUCAGGAACUCUCCGCCAAUCGAGAAAUGCGACACAAUCCAGACGAAAUUAUGGUACCUUAGAGUCGCCCGCCAGGAUGGACCUUGAUCUUCAGCCGGACGAAAGCCAGCCAGAAAGCUCGAGUCGGAUACAUACUUGUCAGUCGACAUCCAGCACACCUCUGCCGUCGGACAGACCGAGGAAGCCAUCUGUAACACGCCGCAUGUCUUCCAAACGGCAGGUACCUCAUAAAGGACAAGAAUUUUCCACCGAAGAUGACGUGCAGGAGGUAGAGGAGGAUAUCGCCCUGCAACAAGCAACCAAUCCCCAGUCGUCGCCUCGCAUACGUCCCUUAAGAAAACAGAGCUCGACAUUGAGACGAAGACUCAAUGCCCGCAUUAGCAGCCCAUUAACACAACCGGACAGCGACAAUGAAGGCGAAGAAGGCCCCAGCCUACCUGAUCCAGUCACAGAAAUCGAACCUUCAGCCGAACAGUCUGAGAGUGGGAGCCAUGAUGGUGAUGAUAACAACGGUGAGGACGAGGCAGAGUCUAGUGAUGCAGAAAGCUUCACCCUAAAGGACCGCCAGCAGGCCAUCAAUGAAACGCAUCCGUUUGGGAUAAGGCUCUGGAAACCUGCAUUGUACAAGAAAAGUCGCUCAGUGGAGAAGACUGCUGAAGGCGAUAUUCAUUCGUCGCCUGGUGGUCGCGUGGGCAACCUCCUGUUCCUGACCAACCUUCUGUGGACAGUAUUCUUUGGGUGGUGGCUAGCCUUAGCUGCGCUUACAGGCGCUGUCGCUUGUUUCGUCUUCGCAUAUUCACCCAGUGCAGUAGAAUAUGGACGGGUCUUCUCGGGACUUUCUUGGUACUUGAUCUACCCUUUCGGCUCCUUCGUCCGCUUGGACACGGACGAAAACUACGCCGAGGAAGAUGAGGGUGAAGGCCGCAGCAUUAGCGAGUACGAACAGUGGCAGAACGGUGACUUAGAGCAUGGUCGACUGUUCUUCGGCCCUCGACGCAAUCGGUCCCUUGUCGGGAGGAGAAGAAGCAGCGUCGAUUCGGCCAGUGAGCAGGACAGUCUUUUAGGGCGAACGCAAAGGGGCAGCCCGCGAGAGAAUCCCCUCAGCCAUCCCAAGCGGCGUUUAUUCGGCCGUGGCGAGUGGACACUUGGGCGCGUCGUAUUCUUCGUCUUCUUCUACUUUCUCGUAGGACCUCUGAUGCUUCUAGUCUCGCUUCUUUGCUGGUUACUUGUCUUCUGGAUCCCCAUGGGGCGUGUGACCAUCAUCCUCUUUGACCACCUUCGUCGUCACCCUCUGGCCUUGUCAUACCAUUCCGACACGACCUACACCAGGCUAAGUCCCGGGUCUUCCUCAUCUAUCCUGUUAUGCACUUAUCGCGCAGCGGGUCUGAGAUAUUGGAAGUACACCGUCGGCGGAACGAAUAUUUUCUUGAUCAAUCUUCUUGGUGUUGUAUUAUUUGUCAUUUUGGAUUACUUCCUUCUCCGUGAGACCCUGGGUCUCCAAACUACGAUCACUCACCCAGGCUUUAUUUUCACCCUUGCUCUCGUCUCCAUCAUUCCGCUGGCCUACUUCAUUGGACAGGCCGUUGCAUCGAUUUCUGCUCAAUCCUCUAUGGGCAUGGGUGCAGCUGUCAAUGCCUUCUUCUCAACCGUAGUCGAAGUCUACCUUUACUGUGUUGCCUUAACUGAGGGUAAAGGUCAGCUUGUGGAGGGCAGUCUUAUUGGUAGCAUUUUUGCGGGCAUCUUGUUUCUUCCUGGGCUUUCCAUGUGCUUUGGCGCCAUCAAGCGCAAGACUCAACGGUUCAAUGUCAAAUCUGCGGGUGUCACGUCUACAAUGCUGAUGUUCGCCGUGAUUGCUGCAUUCGGUCCCACGCUUUUUUACCAGAUAUACGGCAGUCAUGAGCUCAACUGCCGCUUGUGUGUUACCACGGUAGGAACUGAGGACAGUGAUUGUCGUCGCUGUUAUUUUUCUCAGGCCCCGGCUGUGAAUGACAGCUUCUUCCGAAAGGCAGUCCAGCCAUAUUCGUGGUUCGCCGCCUUAUUCCUAUUUCUGUCCUAUGUCAUCGGAUUAUGGUUCACCCUCAGGACCCAUGCUGCCCUCAUCUGGGCUACGGAAAUAGAAGAAAAAAAGGCUAUAGCUCUCGCAAACGAGCAAGCUUCUUAUGAAGCGAGACACGGCGACCUCCCUCAUCUGUCGGGUGGCUCCAUCACUAAGGGCUCUGUUCGGGAUUCACAAUUAUAUAAGCGUAUCCUGGGGCAGUCCCUCAAGCAGGUUGGGCUAUCCGAUAAUCACAUUGACUAUACUACAGGCCAGUCAGACUCUGCAUCCUCGUUGCGUGGCAAAAGUACGACGCCAUACCUUGUGCCUCCUCGAACGGAAGGUGAUGAUGGCAACUCGAGGCUGAAGAACUUUGGCGGUUUGUCUCACGAAGACAAUGAAAAUCUUGUGCGCCAGGUAACGGAGGUUGCAGCAACGGCUGCUGCUGUUGCCGCCCGGGAUGCAGCCCGAACGAAAAAGCCUUUUGUUCAACAAGUUACUCCACGUCAAGCGAACAAAGGUCCCGCUGAUCAAGUGAAGGUUCUUCUGGAGGAAAAUGAAGAUAUUGGGUUGGAGCCUGGUAAUGCUAGCGGUGGCCAUGAUGCGCCCAACUGGAGCAAAGCUAGGAGUUCCAUAAUCCUGCUGGGUGCUACGAUCCUAUAUGCCAUCAUUGCAGAGAUUCUUGUGAACACCGUAGAUGUGGUACUGGAAAGUGUCGACAUUGACGAAAAGUUUCUUGGAAUUACGCUUUUUGCUUUGGUUCCCAACACUACAGAAUUCCUGAAUGCUAUUUCGUUUGCAAUGAACGGCAAUAUCGCGCUGUCCAUGGAGAUCGGUUCGGCCUAUGCCCUCCAGGUCUGCCUCUUGCAGAUCCCCGCUCUAGUUCUGUUUAGCGCGAUUUAUGCCCGAGUCAUUGAUCCGUCCGAGCUCCUAAGCCAUACCUUCAACCUUAUUUUUCCCCAGUGGGACAUGGUCUCGGUGAUCCUCUGUGUAUUCCUCCUCUCCUACGUGCACGGCGAAGGGAAAAGCAACUAUUUCAAGGGCUCUAUACUCGUCCUCACGUACCUCGUGGUUGUGAUUGGUUUCUAUCUUUCAGGCUACAGCAACCUGGAGACCAUGGGUAUUGAUCGCUUUGAUACAUUAGCCCUUGCUUCGAGUCCAGCUGAAAAGUUUUACACAAUUGGUAGGUCCAGGAAUGGGAGAGCGUACUAAGUGUGUACCAUUUCCCGCUUCUCUUUUUCUUCUUCUUCUUUUUUUUUUUUGCGCGCCAAGAUUGGAAAGCUAUCCAUGCUACAUGUUGCGCUAAAGGUACUGUCCACAUCCCGGGGUUUGAAGCACAUGACCCGGUGGCAAAAGGUAUUUGCAUGGCUGUUGCGAUUUUUUAGAGUUUAACAAGAUUUCCCAUCCGCUUUGCGUACUGUUUAGGACCUUAUCGAGGAUGUAUGUCUGCCACAUUGAAUUUGU